GAUGUUAUGGGUUGGACUUUUGCCUGUUAAGUUAAUAUAUAAAGGCAAUCGGUAACUUAAUUUCGUGACCAAAUGCUCGUUUCGUUUUUAAUAAUAGUUACAAUUGUAUUAUAUAUGUGUAUAUAUAAUGGUGUCGUGUAAAGUUACGCACUCGGAACUUUAAUAGGGCUCAUGGUGUCACAAUAUUAUUAUCCCGCCCUGGUGUAUCCUGUGUAGUCAGGUUGAGAUAGUUUGGGAAACUUUAGGAUCUUUACGAUGCAUUUAAGUAAUAGUUUGGAGCUGUUUCCGGAGUUCGUUGUGACUCAGUUGCUUUUCAAAGACGUUAAAAACUGUGCAGAAUUGAGAAAGAUGGCAAUGGAGGGGAAAAUAGCCGGCGCGCUGAUAAACCCAUCCGUGGUGUUGGAUCCCUUUCAAACACUACUAGCAGCAAAUAAAGCAGUCCAUGUGCAGAAGAUUGGAAAAAUGAAGACAAGGAGCUUAUACUCUGAAAUCAUCUUCAAUCUUUCACCAACAAACAAUAUCUCUGAGGCUUUUAAAAGGUUUGGGGUCUCCGACAGUGACAAUGCGGUUCUCAUUGUCCUGGUUCAUAACAAAGAGGAAGCAUACAAUAAGGAUGAUGUCCUGUCUAAGGUGGAUGGCCAGCAGAUCCCAGCUGAUCAAAUGUCCACCCUCAGUGAUCUUGCCAAGAUUAAAAAGCUUUACAAAGUUGCACCCCAAGAGGAAAAGUGUGGAAAUGUUUUAGAUGCUGUUAUCUGCAGAAUGGCUGCUAAGGAUUUUGUAUAGCUUACUUUUUAUUACAUCAAAAUACCGGUUAUAUAUUUAUUUCUGUUUAAACCUUAGAGGAAUUUUUUUUUUUUUUUAACAAUAAAAACAAAUUUGAUCCACGA